CUCCGAACCAGUUCCUCAGCAAAAUUACGCCCGAGCCCUUGGCUCUCGGUUUCGCCUACAAGGAGCGCCACCCCGUCCCCUCCCUCGAAGAGCGACAGGGAAGGCACGUCCGUCGCCGCAUUUACGUACAACCCCCGGAAGCCUUCUCCCUUCGGGAACCCGGUCCUUUGUCGUACCCGCCAUGGCCUCCGAGCUCAUCUACCGCGGCCAUGACGCCGCCCACACGCCGACGAGCGGCGGCGCCGGGUACACACCCAAGCCGGAGAAGCGGCUGCUCUGGUUCUCACGCCCGCUCCGCUACCUUAUUCGGGAGCAGCGCCUCGCCUUCCUACUCGUAGGCAUGGCCCUUGCCACCCUCUUCUUCGCCCUCGCUCCCUCCUCUUCCCCCUCCUCCUACUCCUCCGCCACGGCGGCCGAGCUGGCCCUCCGCUCGGCGAUGGAGCUGGCGAGAUUCGGCGAGCACCACCGCCACAGGGCGGCGUUCGAGGCGGCGACGUCUAGGGGCUUCGUUGGGGGGAAGGUGCCGCUGGGAAUCAAGCGGAAGGGGCUCCGCAUCGUGGUAACUGGCGGGGCCGGCUUCGUGGGGAGCCACCUGGUGGACCGGCUGAUCGCUCGUGGGGACAGCGUCAUCGUGGUGGACAACUUCUUCACGGGGCGGAAGGAGAACGUGAUGCACCACUUCGGGAACCCCAACUUCGAGCUCAUCCGCCACGACGUCGUCGAGCCGCUGCUGCUCGAGGUCGACCAGAUCUACCACCUCGCUUGCCCCGCCUCCCCAGUCCACUACAAGUUCAACCCCGUCAAGACCAUCAUAUCCAAUGUGGUGGGAACUCUCAACAUGCUUGGCCUGGCCAAGAGAGUGGGAGCCAGGUUCCUCCUCACCAGCACCAGUGAAGUCUAUGGUGAUCCAUUACAGCACCCUCAAGUUGAGACCUACUGGGGCAAUGUCAAUCCCAUUGGUGUUAGGAGCUGCUACGAUGAAGGCAAGCGCACCGCCGAGACACUGACAAUGGACUACCACCGUGGUGCCCAAGUCGAGGUGAGGAUUGCUCGGAUCUUUAACACUUACGGGCCUCGCAUGUGCAUUGAUGAUGGCCGGGUUGUCAGCAAUUUUGUUGCUCAGGCCUUGAGGAAGGAGCCAUUAACGGUUUAUGGGGAUGGAAAGCAGACAAGGAGCUUCCAAUAUGUAUCUGAUCUGGUGGAGGGGCUGAUGAGGCUGAUGGAAGGUGAACAUGUUGGCCCAUUCAACUUGGGCAACCCUGGAGAGUUUACGAUGCUGGAGCUUGCAAAUGUGGUGCAGGAAACCAUCGAUCCCAAUGCGAAAAUUGAGUUCCGUCCCAACACCGAGGACGACCCCCACAAGCGCAAGCCUGACAUCACCAGGGCCAAGGAACUGCUUGGCUGGGAGCCCAAGAUCCCUCUCCGCCAAGGUCUUCCGCUGAUGGUCUCUGACUUCCGCAAGCGUAUAUUUGGUGAUCAUUUUGACGUGAAUCCAUCCACCACUACCACUUCAACAGCCACUGGCACAGGAUUCUCUUAAGCAGCAAAUUGUUCUUGUUGUUUUUGCUCACUCUGGGACUUAGUAUGUGCUAUAGAGGGAGGAAACGAAUCAUAAAAUCCCCAGUGGGCAUCAAAGAAGAGCAAUGAGAGAAAGAUCAGCACUUCAUUUGUGUUCUUAAUAGGUUGACCAUUUUCCCAUCGCUUCUUGCUGUGUAUGUUACUACUGCAGGCUGAGGGGAUCUACCUAGCUUCAUUGCAGCAGCACAAGAUCCUUAGGAAGAUCUACCUAGCUUCAUUGCAGCAGCACAAGAUCCUUAGGAUGCUAUUGUUUUAAUAUAAGCAGGUUGUCCCUCUGUGUUGUUACUAAUGUUUGAUAGUCUUAUGUUUCUUUGAAUAAAUUGAUAGUAUUUGUUGUGUA